AUGAGGCCGCUCAUUGCCGUGCCCGCGACUUGCGCGCUUGUCUACCGGGCUUGGAGCCGGAACUCGCUGACCCCCGCCGGCAUCGUCGUUGCGGCCUUGACUGCCGUUGCCCAUGCGUACCACCCCUGGAAUCUCCCAUUCGCCCUGCUAUGUAUCUUCUUUCUGGCGGGGACUCGCGUGACGCACAUCAAGGAAGACGUCAAAUCGCACUUGACGGUUGGCUCUAAAGGGACUUCCGGCGGAGAAGGACCUAGAUCGCAUGUCCAAGUCCUCGCAAAUUCUCUGAUGGCCUCCGUUCUCACGAUCCUCCACGCGAUCCAAUUACGCUCUCGAGCUGCCGCCCUCACGAAUCCCGACGUCCCGGACCCCGAAGGUACACUUUGCUAUUCUUGGGGCGGCGACCUCCUUGUUGUCGGAAUCAUUGCAAACUAUGCCGCGGUGGCGGCUGACACGUUCAGCUCGGAGCUUGGGAUCCUCUCCAAGAGCGAACCCCGCCUCAUCACAUCCUUGACUUUGCGCAAGGUCCCUCGCGGAACGAAUGGAGGAGUCACGCUCAUGGGCCUUGGUGCGGGGUUGUUGGGGUCGAUGAUUAUCGUCAGUUCAUCCAUGAUCUUCUUGCCGUCGUGCAAUUCUGAGUCGGCGGGCCUGCCCGGGGGUGGUCUACCGUGGUCCACCCUUGAGCGACGGCAGUUUAUGGGGUUCAUGGUCAUCUGGGGUGCGAUGGGUAGCUUAUUGGACAGCUUCCUGGGUGGCCUGUUUCAGAGAUCAGUGAAGGACGUGCGGUCUGGCAAGAUUGUGGAAGGCGAGGGAGGCAACCGCGUCCUGGUCUCGGAAUCUGCUGAUCAGGUUGCGGCGCACUCGAAGAAGCGCGCCGCUAUCAAGGCGGCUAUUUUGCGUGGUGAAGGCGCGGGAGCCGCUGAGAAGAUGAGUGGGUCUGCCAUCGUCGACGACGAGGCCGAGACGGAUGUCUACGAUCCCAAGGAUAAGCACCGCAAGCCUAGCUUCGGCAACGAGCGCCCAUCUCGGGUGGUGGAGAGCGGUUGGGAUCUGCUCGACAACAAUGAUGUCAACUUCCUGAUGGCGGUCAUGAUGAGCGUUGGAGGCAUGGCAGUAGCAAGCUGGUACUGGGACGUCCCGAUCCAAAGCGUCAUGGGUGUUUAG